AUGGAAAAAAUAAAGAAUAUUAACAUAGAUGCUUGGAGAUACUUAGCAAACAUUCCUAAGUGUAAUUGGGCAAGGCAUGCAUUUUCUGUUGAAAUUAAGUGUGAUCAUGUCACCAACAAUUUCACAGAAUCUUUUAAUGCAUGGGUUGGUGAACUGAGAGGAAAGAAUAUACUUGCUCUGGAUGAUGGACUGAGGCAAAAAUUCAUGAAGAAACUACAUAAGAGGUAUCAAAAAGGCUGCACAUGGACAUCUAGACUUACUCCACAUGUUACUGGUAAGCUGAAGGAUAUUGCAUCUGAAUCAAGAAAGUGUUCAUUGACAAUGGCAAGUGAGAACACAUUUGAAGUAGCAGAUGUGGAUAAGUCCUAUAUAGUCAAGCUGCAUGAGAGGACAUGUGAAUGCGGGGCUUUCCAGUUGACUGGCAUUCCUUGCAAACAUGCUGCACUAGGAGCUAUUUACAGAAGGGAGAAACUGGAAAGUUAUUGUGAUGCAGCUUUUUCAAGAGAUCAGUAUUUGAAAACAUAUGCAUUCAUGAUCAACCCAAUUCCACAUAUGAAUAGGUGGCCUCCUAUGGAAGAUGUGACACCAGCAGUAGUUUUGCCACCACCACUUAGAAGAAGAGCUGGUAGACCAAGAAGAAAUAGAAGAAGAGCACCUGAUGAAGGAGCUCCUGCAUCUCAACACAAGAGAUCAAUCAGUUUUAGGUGCUCUAAGUGUGGUGCAUUUGGACAUAAUAGGAGAACUUGUCAAGGAGCUCCUGUUGCUGAAAAAAGAGGCAGCAGUACCUCUGCAAAUCAGGUAGCAGAACGAAGAGGAAGACCAGGAAGAGGCAUUGCCAAUACUGGAUUAGCAGGAUCUGUUAUAUGGGUAAUUGUAGCAGUUGUAUAUUUACAGAACAUGCACAAGGAAAUGUGCUAG